CGGUUUACUAGUGCCACAUACUCUACCAACCCCGUCAUCCCCAUCACUCAUUAUUCUAUUCCAAGAUCAGAUCCAUCGCUAUCCCUGGUUAGACCAUGUCCCAGCAGGCUUCGGUCGCCACAGGCGGCGUAGCAGGUUCCACAACCACAGCCGGACGCAAGCGCAAGAAGUCUCCCAAGCCGAAAGAGGCGAAGCGUGCCCCAGGCGACGCGCCCAAGCGGAGCAAAGUGGCGCAACGCAAGGAGCAGGAAGCAGCCGACGCCGCAGCCGCGGCUGCCGCUGCAGCGGCCACACCUUCGGCGGGCACAGGCGGGCAACGUAAUCAGCCGCAGAGCCAAACUGCUGGAGAAGAUGAGGAAAUCAUCGCUCCUCGUUCACCCAAUCGCCGCCGUCGAGUCAUCAAUACCGACCCCCCCGAGACCCCCACUCCCACUCUCGCGCCAGGACAACGCGUCAACUCUCAAUCGCAGUCAAUUACAUCCCACCCGGGCGAGCCAAACUUCCGUUUGGGUGAUGGCACCCCUGCGCACAUGUGGGGCCCGUCGACGUCCUCUGACUUGUGCGCAAUCCUCGAAACGCAGAGCGUUCAGAUACGCCAGUUGAUCCUUUGCAUGCGCGAAACCGGACUUCUAACGCGCGAGCUGCUCAAGUUUGCCCUGGGCCAGACCGCUGUCAUGCCCCAAACACCGACGCUGGAUGUCGAAGUCGCCGAUCCUGCGCCCAAAUCCGCUCACCGGGCAGGAGAGCCACCAAGACCGAUGGAGAAUGGUCCAUCUACUGUAGGGCUUGGGCUGUUUCAGAACACUACUCCGAACGACACGCCGAAGACAGGCGACCGCAGUGCACUGGGCGUAGGGCAGCCGCCACCUCGCACCUCUGUCCCGCCCCCACCCGAUGACAGCAUCGGCUAUGCCAACGGCGUUGCCUUCAAUAUUGGCUCCAUUACACAGCCGGUUACUGUCACUCCGCUCCCGCCCCCAAACGCAAAACCUGAGACUAGCAAUCCAUCUCCAGCUCAUCCGGACUCCAGCCAGGCGGCUGACGGACAGCAGCGCCCCCUGCAACAUGCCAACUUCGCUGGGUCGUCUAGCAGUGAUCCGCAUCUUCCCUCGGCCCUUUCUACCACGCCAAUGUACCGCGAUACUGCCCUACCGCACAUUGCCGACACUCCGAGAAUCCCGUCGUUUGCGGUGUCUGGGCAGCACUCCUCACUGCAGACUCCCCAGAUCCCGCCUACUCAGCAGGAUGCCCACAGCAUAGUACCUACUGCUGCGCCUCAUCAGCCCCCAAACCUACACAGCGGCUUCAUGCUCCCCACCGCUCAUCCCUAUCUAGGUAUGCCACACGGCUUCGUGCGUCCUGGCAUGACCCCACAGCAGCAGGCGCUACUGCACCAACAUAUUCAGCAACAACAGCAACAACAGCAACAACAACAACAGCAGCACCAUCAACAGCAGGCACAGAUGAUGGCGCAAAUUCAGCGCCAGGCUGGCAUGGCCAGGCCGGCUCCUCCCUACUAUCCCCAGCAUCAUCAGCAGGUAGGCAUGCACCCCGGCAUGCGCUCUGUCUCGGGAAACCCGACCAUUGCUCGCCCUCCGCGUCCUUUCAUGGACAUUGACACCGGCAUUAGAGGUAUGCAGACGGGCGAGGAGGUAGAUCGCAGCGCAUCCGAUCCGUUGUCACACAGCAGUCAGCCGCGCCUCAGCCCCAACGUCCAGUUCGAGAGACUGCAGCGUCAGGCUCUGGGAUACUCGCGCCAGAUGAGCGGGCCCUCGUCGACCUCUCCGAACAACCAUCCCCCUGCCUUCCUCGCGCCACAGUUUCCUGGUUCUACCCAGACGCAUCCCGGUCAAAAUCCUUUCCUCGGCGCCAUGGGAGUGACCAUGUCCCCUCAGCUUGUGAACGGUGCACCGACCCCUGUGAACCCAUCCCCGACGACCUUCGGAGGUGGCGGUGGAGGCGGGCCUACGGCGCCUACCUCGGGCUCCGCCCAGCCUAGUGGAGCGGCGACCAACUCGGUGGGCACCCCACUCAUGUACAGUCUUUACGCUGAGGCCUCGCCCUUCUCAGCGCCCUUCUCAGGUGUGCCUGGAGGCAACGAUAUUUCAUCGCCGUUUUCGUUCGCCCCACCCGAGAUAGGCGAGGGCGGGAACGUGGGCAGAUCGCGGUGGGGCGAGGAGGACGACCAGGAGGAGCCGCUUCGGGAGGUGACACCUGGCAAGCGGUUUGAUGCAAAGUGAACUGUCGACUAUGUAUGUUGAG